AAAACCAAUAUUUUUAUGAUUUAUAUAUGCACUGUAGUAUAGAAAAGUUGGUACUCGACCUCUAUUUUGUCUUACCCUUCACGCGACGAGGGAAAUGAUUUAAUUUGUUCCACUUUCAUACAAGAAAUCGAACGUUCAAUAACAUCAAGAGUGCUAGUAAAGGGAACUAGCCAAAUAUCCUCUCAUUUGGGCCAAGUGAAUGGCAGCAAAGGUCCUGAAGGAUGCAUAAAUUAUAUGGUAACAUCAUUGCACCACAAAUUGAAAUAUUUGCAGGCUACAUGGAUUGAUGGGAUCAGAUUAUCUUUUCUAACAAAGGAUAGUAAUUUAUUUCAUAAAUUAGGUUUGAAGUUCAACAAUGGCAGAUGAGCAGCAAUUCUGUCUACGCUGGAAUAACUUCCAGAUGAACAUAACAUCCCAGUUUGAGGCAUUACGUGAUGAAGAAGACUUUGUGGAUGUGACAUUGGCUUGUGAGGGGCAGCGUCUAAAAGCGCAUAAAGUUGUAUUAUCAGCUUGUAGUCCUUACUUCAAGGAACUUUUCAAGAGUAAUCCUUGCAAACAUCCUAUACUGUUCAUGCGUGAUGUGGAAUUCAGACAUUUGAAGUCUCUGGUAGAGUUCAUGUAUGCUGGAGAGGUCAAUGUUGCACAGGCACAGUUAUCAGCGUUCCUUAGAACUGCAGAAUCACUACAAAUACGUGGACUCACAGAAGCACCACAGAGGCAUUCAAGGUUUGAUGGAGCAACAUCAGAUACUGGACACAGCCGGCGUGGUACACGCAGUGGCAUUCCGACGUCACCUAUAGCAGGAGCUCCAGAAGAAGAUGAUAUCCUGAGCCUAAGCCCUCCUGCCUCCCCAUCUCCUCCUGCCAAACGCCCAUGUACAGCACCAGAUCCAGCAAAUAUCAAGAGAGAAGCUCCAGAUAUUGUUGAGCCAAAACUGGAAGUCCCUGACUAUAGCAGUGAUGGAGAAAGCAGAACAGAAAGUGGAAAUGGAGCUCAUUAUGGUGGAAUAGAAAAUCCUCUUGAUGCGAAAUCAGCAUAUGCAACUGGAGGACUACAAGGUGGAAUGGAGAUGAUUCCUGGAACAUCCGCUGCACACAAUUUCCUCUCAGACGUGUCAACACUGCCACAGGAGCCAGCUUCACAAGGAAACCGUGUGGGCUGGUGUCCACCAACACUGCUGCGGCAUGCCAUGUCUUCCUGGUCCAGGGACCACUCUGCCCGAUACUUUGGAACUCCUCCUAAUUUUGUUGGCGAUGAACAAGACUCAAAAGAGAUGGUGCCUUUGGCUGCUGGUGUCCUGGUACCUGCUUCUCUGCUGCAACGAGUUAAUCGAGCUGACUAUCGGAAACUCACCCGUGGUCUUGCAUCAGCUCUUUUCUCACCCCUUGAACUAGGAUCAAGUUCAGUGACUGGUCAGCGGUGGACUCGAGCAGGUUAUUGCUCAGGCCGACCAACGAAACCUGCUCUGGAUCGGCGUCGUGUGGAAGCCAUUCUCGCAUAUGUUGGUACACAUUUUCCCACCAUCGAGCGCAGCAAAGUGAAGCAGGUACUGGCAUACAAGUGUAAAGAAAGUGCUGCUGCGCUGAGGGUACGUGGAUCUAAACUCCUUGGACUCAAUGAACUUCAAGACCAGUAGCAUCUGUCUGCACUCAAACCUGGAUACUCUGAUAACAUUUAUAGUCUAUAAACAAUAGCAUGCCUUUGUAACAGCUGUCAUUAAUCACAACUGUACGAGGUGUUUUGUUCUGAGAUUCUGUAAAAUAUGAUACUUGAACUUGGUUCAUUUGCACCUAUUUUAAGUUGUUAACAUUGUUUUAUAUUAGACUAUUUGAGCAGUUACACUGCAUUUAUCAUUUUUUAUUCUGUCUAGUUUAUGUUUAAUUAUCUCUCUAGCUAUUUGGCCAUGUCUGUUUUCAACAUGCAUUAUGUCACUGUGGAUGUACCAGGCACAUCCCAGUCUGUAUUAUGUGACAAAUUUAAUAUUAUUUGCCUCCUGAGACUGGAGAGAACAGGUUUUUAAUAUAGAUAUGUAAUGUGCAUUAAUGUAGCAACAAUUAUGAACAUCAGAAAGAUCUCAAUGUUGCUACACUGGAAAUGAGUUUUGUGGCUCAAAUUAAAUAAUGAUAGUAAUAAUAAUAAUAAUAAUAAUAAUAAUAAUAUGAAAUGUGCCUUACUGAACUGUCUUUUCCCUGAGUAGCAGGGCUCAAGUUGAUUAAAACAUUCCAUCAUGUUUUUAUAUCUGAAUAAUACUGGUAGCUAUCAUAUGAUCAUAAAUUGAGGUAUGAUGAAAUGUUUUUGCUCUGUAGUUAGAACUUUUUGUUAACUUCUGAUACAUUUCUACUUUUUUAAUGGGAAAAAGUUGGAAAACUCUAUGUUUUAGUGUGUAGGCACUAUUUAGCGUGUCCUGUUGUAUUUGGAUCCAUCAUUGUAGCGACAGUAUGUUAGUAGGUGAUAGUAGUACUUAAUCUGGAGCAGUUCAUUUCUGAAUGAAAAUAACCAGUUCAGCUGCUACAUGAUGCCAGUAUAAAGGAAGUAAUUUUAAGUUUUCAGAUGUCUGCAUGCUGAUUCUUUUAUUGUUAAAAAUAAAAAACACAGUGCAUUGAUAAAAUAAAAGAGAAUGCUUAUUUGAAUUGCCAUUGGCUUAUCUUCCUAAGUUUUUGGGAGAUGCCUAUUCAGAUAAGGCACCAUACAUAUUUCAUUGGAAGUGUUUCAUGUUGGUCAUUUACUUCCUGUGUGUUCUUUGCGUUCCAUUUGUAUGUAUCAGACUGAGUGAAACGUUAUAAAGGUUCCUGAGUUGUGUAGUUGCUAUUGUUUGUAUACAUAUAGGAUUGUCACACUUCAUUUGUGAGUACUAUGUUGACUGGGAAGAAGUUAGUUGACAACAUAAACCUCAAGAUAGUACUGACUGAUCAGUAAUUUUCUGCAUUUGUUUCUACUUGGGAACACUUCCAUUAUUUUAAUGUUUUAAGAUACCAAUUUUAUUGAUUAAUGUUAGAUUUCAACAUUCCUCUUUUACUGGCAGAAGUUCAGAUGUGCAUGUUUUAUAUUGGUGUGGUUUAACACUGUCAUUGUGGAGUAUUUAUAUCAAAUAGUAGCAAUGCCAACUCUUCUCUAUAAGAAUUAAAUCUGAAUAUGAAAGACAACUGUUAAAAGUCAGCUUGAGGUCAGACAGUUGUAGUUACUGGGAGAUAUUAAAGACCAUAGAUAUGGACUGUAUCCAUGAAUAAAGAGAGCUCAAGCAACAGGCUGGGGUAAAGUCGUUGGCAUGAUGAGGAAUGUGAGUAUGACUUGAGGAAAAAUGACGGUAGCGAUGACAAAUCUAGAGCAGUAGAAUGCUUGCAGUAGUAGGCAUGAUGGUUCAUGUAGUUUUAACUUGAGAAAAAGAAUGACAGUAGCAGUGACAAAUCCAGAGCUGUAGAAUGCUUGCAGAGUCUUCAAGCCUUCAUAAAACUCACUCUUCAGGCUCACUCAGACUAGACUGCAAUUCAUGAGUACAAUGAACCUAUGCACAAUGUGGCCAUACAGCUCUGUGAUUUGUUAGUCCUAGUAUUCUGUUAGGCAAGAAAAUGAAUCUAUGUAUAUCGUAUAAUCACUGUGAAGGGAAAGAUAAACCAGAAGUUUGAAGAAUAUAAAUGCAGGUGUUCUUUGCCACUUAUCCAUAAUUCCACCACACAUAAUUAUUCCACUCUCUCUC